AUGCAUACCCCUUCGGUGCAAGUAACCGAUGUGCAAGAAAUUUAUCGCGAAAUCAAAUCGAACUCCCGGGCAGUAGCAGCUUGCAUUCGUAGCUACGAACGUGACCGAAAGUCUGCGUCGUCUGCAUCCGGCAAGGGAUCCCUAACGCCGGAAGUCGAAGCAUCGCUCGGAAGCAGCAACACCACCAGUGGCCAUAAUAGUAGUAGUGUACCAUCAACCGCCGAAGGCAAGGGCAAGGAAAACGGAGGCGGUGGAGUGAAAGGAUUAGAGCGGCGCUAUCAUCUGCUCUACCUGAAAGCCUUUGAGAUACAGUGCCUUUUGGAAGGACUAUUGGAUAGCAAGACUUCGAGCUCAGAUAAUAACGCCAGUUUGUCGGACACGGAUGAAGAGCCGGCCAACAAGCUAGCGCGCGUUAGUAGCUCCAGCAUCAAAUCUCAGGGUUCCAAUCACAUCGAGACAUUGAAUAAUGAAGAAUGGGUUAAGGUAAAGAAGCUAUCCAACGCUGGUUUCGAUGCCGAUUCAGAAGGCAGCGAUAGUGAAAUUGUGCCCAAAAUCAUUGCCUACAGUGGAGCGAGUAACGCCUAUAACAGUAGCGGUAGUAGCAGUCAGAAGCAGCACCCGCAAUUUCACCCGGGUACGGGUAGCAUUAGUAGCAGCGCAGUAGCAUCAACAUCAUCACCUAGCUCGGGUAAUCUUAUGAUGGAAGCAGACAUUAACAACCUCUCGACGACCACGACACUUUCCGAUGCCACGACACUGACAACGACAAGCUCGAAAGCAGCCGAAGCCUCCGCAGCCAACGCCGCGACCGUGCUCAAGGAGAACAUUUUGAACAACAAUAACACAACCAUCGAGAGCGAUAAAUCAAUCAUCGGGAGCGAUUUGGUGGACGGUGGAGCCUUACUGAGCAGCACUCUCGACACGGUCAACAAUAAUGCAGUGGUUAAUGGUAGUCCAAUCGUUAAGGAACGCACGGAACGUCAUGCUGGCAAAGGAGCGUCACUCCGUCAUGUAAAAUCGUCCUCACCGAUAGGAUCAUCCGGCAAGCAGAAGCGUUCGAAAGUGAGCGAUUCGUCUAAGUUCAACCGCUCGAAUCGUAAAUCGAAGAAUUGCGCCACGUUUUACUUCAAACAUCGGGACACGGAUUCGGAACUGAACAAGGAUUCAAGUGAACGAACCAAAUCGGAUGAUUCAUCACCCAGUACAUCCUCACCGUCCGCUUCUUCGUCCGAAGGUGAUGACGAAUGGGUGUACAACAACGGUGAGCAGGAAGAUGACGAUGAGCUACUAGCGGUGAGAAAGUGUGCCGAAGAAACGCGUGAAGCCGGUGAAGAGGAGAAGGAAAACAAACCAGACGCUCAGGUGGAAAAGCAUCAGCGCGAAGAGUUGGGAACGAGUGCCUUAAAGAUGACCGCCGGCAGGGAACCGAAGUCGAAGAAGUGUUUAGACUUUACGCGGGAUGCGACGCAAAAGGGCGGAUCUUCCACACCGAAUGGUCGCAACGGGGGACGAUCGUUGAUGAUGACGUCGAUUGGAAGUUUCGGCAAAAGCUCGGAUAGCGUCAACAGUGCCAAGAGAUCGAAGCCACCGCAGUAUGCAACCAGCUCGAUCCAAAGGUUAGUGCUGCAUGCCGAGACGCUGGUGCGUGACGAAAUUUUCGCCAAAAACGCAGCUGCGGCAGCUGCUGCGGCUGCGUCGGGCAGUACGCCGAAAACGGUGGUGAAAAACCCCAGCUACUAUCAUCACCAUCAUCACCAUCAUCAUCAUAACUACAGUACGAACAAUAGCAGCAGUAACAACAGCAACAGUAGCCAUCAUCAGCCACACCACCACCAAACGUCAUCGUUGCCAUCGUUGCCGGGUGUUGGGGUGGGACCGGGCGUUGGUAUCGCGAGCAUUAUUGCAUCGCACGAACCCCAACCGCGACACGGUGCCACCGCGCACAGUCAGCAUCAUCAUCACCACCAUCAUCACGGUCACGGUCGAAAGGCGGAGAAAGCCAUGAGCAAUCUGAAGAUGAAUCUGAUCGAGGAAUGGCUUGAAAAGCAACCGUUAGAUGCUCCGGUGUCGGCCCCACUGCUGCCAGCGUCCGUACCUACGACCGACUGUGAAGCCUCCGGCGAGUACACCGAUUCGGAUUCGAUCGCACGCGACACGGACAGCUCGGAAGGGUUGGCCAACUCUGUUGCCACCUGUCUGCAGGGCGAACAGACCCAAACGUCCCAGGAGUUGCUAAACGAUGGUACGUCCUACCCGUCGGAGAACUCAAACGAUGUCUCGAACGACGACGAAGGCGUUGCAACCGAUUCGAAAGGCGGAAGCUCUGCCGCAUUGACGAGGACGACGGCCACAUCCACCGCACCGGGAGUAUCGGCCGCUACCUCUAGCCCUUCGCUACCGGUUUCGGUAGCACACGGUGGUGGUCCCACCAAUAGCGGCAGCACAUCAACGGUAGUGAAGCGUAGACCGCAUCGUUCAGCUACCGACCGGCCCUGGUCGGUGUCGUGCAUGUCACAGCUGAAUUCAUCCGGCGUGGAAAUUAAUCAGUACGGUGGAACGGACAGUGGGAGCGGCGGUGCAACCGACCCUGCCACCCAUCAGCAGGGUGCGAGCAGCAGCGGUGGUGACGGUAAUGACACCAGCAACCGACCGCUGACGGAUCAUCGAAACUUUUCGAUCAGCGAAUCGGCACUGAACACGAUGUCCCGCAGUGGUUCGUCGAUGGUUGGAGCUCGCGGCAGCAUGAAACCGACCUCCAGUCAGCAAACCGUCGUGCGCAACUCCGAAAGCAAGGGUUCGCUCAAGAAGCGUAAGCUACGGCCCCGUCGUAAGAAUCGUAUCGAUGAAUCAGGCUCGGAUGAAUCGCAACCACCGCAGCACAGUUCCUCGACAUUGCAUCUGCUCCAGCAGUCACUACUACUGCAGUACAACGCACUCACGGGCGGAAGUGGUCAACCAUUACGCGAGAUUCAACUGUCUGGUAGCAACAGUAGUGUGGCAGGCGUUGCAUUCACUACCAGUGGCAGUCGGCGGUUAUUAAAGUCGGAAUCAUUUUCCGGUCGUUUGCGGCUGUCGGACGAUUUGCUUACGUUGUCCUCACUGUCCGGUUCUUCGUCGCGGAAGUCAUCCUCCGUACGGCAGACGUCGGCUCGGUCGACGAAACGUUCGCAGGACAGUGAGGAAGAGUUCGGGUGCCCGAUGGCGAAGCCCGAGUUCCGGAUCGGUUCACUGACGCGCACCCGGUGCGGAAGUCUCAAUCUAGGAUCAUUAGCAGCGCUUGCUAAUUAUAAUCUAGAUGGUGUGGAGAAAACGGAAACCGAUCUGAAUGGAACCGGCACAGGCACGGAGGAGAUGAGCAGCUUCUCGGAACAGGCGUGGGAUAACUAUCAGGAAAAAUACAUGUCCGAACCGUACUCGGAGGAUCGUGAUACCGAUGCGGCCCGGCGUUUGCUUGACUUUGGCGAUGACUAUCGGAACUUUAUCGACUCACAGUCGGACUGUGCAUCGUCGUCUUUGUCGGCAGCUAACAUGGACUCGCUGUCACCACCUCGAUUCCGUCUGAAGUCAGAAUCGGCCAACAAGUUGGAGAUCAACACUAACUCGCUUAAUCGUCGGAAACGAUUAGACGAGUACCGAAUGGAUGAUCGAUACGGUAACAACAUGAACUCUUGGUCCAGCAAAUCUGGCAGCCCACCGCAAUCGUCGACGAACGUGAGUACACGAAAGCACGGUUCGCUUUCGUUCCUCGAGGCAACUCCACUCGCAACGAUGGUUGAAUCGAACGUAUCAAACGGGUUGAACGCUGGUUCCAUCGGUGGACCCCGUCGUCGUUCGUUGCGUUCGGUAGACAAGCACAACUCAUCAGCAGCAUUUGUGCGCUCACUGUCGCACGAAACGAGCAGCAGCUCAAACAACGAGUUUGACGAGGACAUGGAGGCGGAGGUGAAGAAACUGCUGAUCCAGAGCAAGAUCCGAUUCGCCAACACCGAAGCAUUGAAGGCCAAGUGCCAUCUGCUGAAGCCGGACGACUACAGCGAAAUCAUCACCACCUGCCGGGAAAAUGUCCGCUGCCUGGAGUCGGUGUUACGCUGCCAGCCGGGCACGGUGCUGACCGCUGCCAAGUGCCAAGAUUUACGAGAUACAAUCGUCUGCUGGGAAGGACUGCUCAACUGGAGCGAGCGACGAGUCAUUAGCAACCAGUUCCUGGAAGAUAUACGCUCGCUGAAGGAUGUACUGGAAGAGCUGGGCAGCAAGACGUUCAACAUCUGUUCCGAGUCGCACAUCCAGCUGGCGAUCGAUCAAUUGAAGAAUGAGCACAAAGUUCUGCAGAACCAACGGCCAAAGAUGCUCACGUUGAAUGCAACCGUACACAACUGGGUGUCGAAUCAGGAGCAGCAGCGUAAGGAACUGCUGGACCCGUCCGUUGACACACGGUUGGAGCAGCUGGAACGGGACAAGAACUUUGAACGCUGCAUUGGUGGCCACUGUGGUGAAUGCUACGAUUGUCUGAACGAUAUACGUCUGGAUACGUCGGUCAAUCGCGAGCUGAAGUAUGGUAUUACCACCCUCUACAGUACCUGGGAUGAGGCCGAAGUGCGGCUAAGAAACCGCAUCGAAAAUCUUACCACCUCCAUGAUGACGUGGAAGCAGCUGGAGGAUGGAUUGAGCGAUUUUCGUAACAUUCUGGAUCGGGACCGUGGAAAACUUCAAGGCAUUGAAGGUGCCCUCCAGAGUGGUGGCGGUACUACCGAGGAGAUCGCGAACAGUGUCAAGGAGGUGGUGAAGGCUCUCUCGGAGAAGGUGGAUCCGCUUUUUCAGGAGCAACAGAACGGUGCAAACAUCGAGUCGGGACAGUUUCAGCACCAGCAGCAAGAGUCCGCCCAGGAGAACCUGCAGCUAUUGGCCCCGGUUCUGCCGGCGAGCGUUAAGCUCUCGUCGAAUGGUUCUCUGUCUGAUAGUGGUAUUUCCGACGGUGGUGGCAUGUCUGAUGGCAGUCUAUCGGAACGUGAGCGACGACUGAACGCACUCAAACGGCUGGUGAAGCAGCUGGAGGUAGCGCUCGCACCCGGCAGUGACGCAAUGCAGACCAUAACGAAGCGGCUGGAAAUGGCCGAACAUGAUCUGCGCUCGCUGCAGAGUACGUGCCGUAAAAUCAUCAUGAACGAGAAGAACCACCAGGAGCAACAGCUACAGCUGCAGCAGUUGAAGGACCGUUCCCCGGGACGGGAUUCUGCCGAUGGAAACAAUAAUAACAGUGUGUCGGUGAAAAAUAAGAACAAGAAAUCACCUUCACGCAAAAAGCAUCGAAAUGGUACACAGAGCCGCAGCCAAUCAAACACAUCUGCCGAGGUAACGGAAAACGAAGACGACGAGCAGGUGUUGCACCAGCAGCUUCAACACCACACCCAAGAGGAGUUACAGCGGGAACAUUUGCUGGCUAUGCAGAAAUCUGCCCAGUUGGGCAUUGUGCAGACGACCAAAAUGAAACUCUCGCAAAACCGCUGGGUCUGGCGCAUCACCAAGAUUGCGGUACCCGUCCAACUGGCUCUGGUACUGGUGAUGUGCGCUGCUUGCUUCUUUGAACCACACUGCUGCGAUGCGCUCAACACCUAUUCGAUGAGUUUUACGCCGCAGUUGCGGUACAUGAAAGGACCACCUCCGAUUUAG